AUGUCUCGAAUUUUGUCACAUCUGUUUAUCAGUCUUACUAUCUUAUUGAUAUCGCUCAUCUUGGCUGGGUUAGGGGUUGAAGGGUUCAGUUUGGCUAACAGCUGCACAGUCUGCCAGUACGAUGGAACAGCUUAUAACGCCAGCAGCGCUACUGAAACCGCCACUGACCUGUGCAUCAACGUCAGGAGUGAUAUGGGUGUCGCUUGUGUCAACAGGGGUUGGUAUACACACUUUAGGGACCACAAACAUGGAGGUCAAAAGACAUAUUGUCGACUUAAAUGUCAGAAUCCAAACACUCCUUGUAGCAGUCACUUGACUGAACCACCCAACCCUCCAUCACAAAAAGGACCACAUGAAUCGCUUAUCGGGGGUGUUCACAUGCCAUGUAACCAAUGGCCCAUUUCUUGA